AUGUCGUUGGGAAGCUUCUUCAAGUUAUGGUCAAAUGAAACAUACGAGCAACGGGAGGAGCACUCUAGGCUAAUUGUCACGGAAGACUUGCAAAAUGCCAUUGAACGGUGCAGACGCCGUGUCCAGCGGAUCAGCGAGGACUGUAGAAAGCGGAAUAGACGCUUCCGCGAUAUCGAAUUCGAUCUCGAAGAGGAUCAAGAAAGCUGUCUAUACGGACUUUGGGGUCAAGAUGAGGCUGAGCCUCUGGACGUACUGCGGGUAGGGGAGAUCUUCGAUAAACCCAAGUUUAUGAUCAACGGUGCUACCGGAGACGACCUUGUCCAAGGUCGCCUCGCUGACUGCUGGUUCCUGUCGGCUCUCGCUACAGUUAGCACGGUUCCGGACCUAAUAAACAAGAUCUGUGUUGAUAGCGAUCCCGCCGUGGGGGUCUACGGUUUCAUAUUCUAUCGGGACGGGGGAUGGGUCGACGUCAUAGUGGACGAUCUACUCUGUAUAUACGCCCAAAAAUAUGAGGACCUAUCCGAGAAGGAGAAGUAUCAUUUUCGGUCGGAUAAGAAAACGUACAACGGAGUGGCAAGAUCAGGCUCGAAGUCAUUGUAUUACGCGUCUUCAGGAACAGAGAAUGAGACUUGGGUGUCAGACCAUCUUCUAAUUCCUUUGGAGUUCUUUAUGUACCGACAAUCUCACAGGCCUCUGAUUGAGAAGGCAUUUGCAAAACUGCACGGUGAUUACGAGGCCCUGAACUAUGGUUGGACGUGCGAAGCUGUGGAAAGCCUAACUGGCGGUGUUUCGAACUGUUUCUACCUGCACGACAUAUUCGACGAGGACAGAUUUUGGGAGGAAGAACUGUCGAGGUUGCGGGAUGGCGCCGAGAAGGAUAGGGUUUUCAGUUGCGUUAUAACAAAUGAAACAUCAGGUCUGAGGAAAGGUAAGAUCACGACUCCCUUGGGAAUCCCCUUUAUUGAAGUCAGACAAGAGCAUGCAUAUUCUAUAAUGGAAGCAGCAGAGCACCGAGGGAAGCGUUUCCUUAAAAUCAGGAACCCUUGGGGAAGUGGCGAAUGGAUUGGUCCUUGGAGCGACGGAUCGAAAGAAUGGUCCGACUUCCCUGACAUCAAGCCGUCUGAUCUUAACCAUAAAUUCGGGGAUGAUGGCGAGUUCAUCAUGGAGUACAAGGACUUUCUGUCGACAUGGACGUACGUGGACAGGACGAGGCUCUUUGAUGACUGUUGGAUCAUCAGUUCUUUGUGGUUAAACGUGGUGGCCCGCUCGUUGCCAUGCGCCUGGAACUAUGGUGACGUGUCCUUUACACUCCAUGUCGAAAAGGACACCCCGGCUGUUAUUGUCCUAUCGCGGCUUGAUGACCGCCACUUCCAGGAGCUGUCCGGUUGUUUCCACUGGUCACUAGAUUUCGCUAUCUAUAAGCAAGGGACUAAUGAGCUUGUGGGGGUAUCAACGCACGAGCGCCUUUGGCAUCGAAGUGUGAACUUGGAGUUGGACCUUGAUGAAGGCAACUACGUGAUACAUCCAAGGUUGGAUCGCAAGAAAAAGCGAAAGGCUCACACGGAGCUGUACCACGACAAAGAAGGGGGUAAGCCUGGGAUCUACAUUCGCGCUCAAGACCAGUCCCUUUCUACGAUACGCAAGCAAAGGGGAGCAUGGGAUAUUCGGAAAUUAGGACGAAAAUGGGCUAGCGCAUAUACCAGUCGACGCAUUGCAAUAAACUUCGAACCUGAACGCUUCGGCGAUGUCAUACAUCUUGACGAUGACAUCUUUACAGGUAGAAAUCUUGCCGAAAUCCAGGCGCAGCGCAUACUGUCACCCAUAUCCGGGGAAGAUGUGGUCUUUGUUCACCAUACCGUGAAAGAUCUUCCAAGCAAUACAGCUUUCGUGACAAGUCCAGAUCAACUUCCCGAUGACGCAUUGCACCGUACUUUCCACCCCAGUACCCCCGACGUAGAUGUAGCUGCUGAGCUUUCCAUGGGUCUACAUAGCCAUCGGGUCCACCAAGAGCCGCCAGCUACAAAACAUCAGAACUUCGAGUGCAACAUCUGCAAGACCCGUCCAAUUCUGGGGACCUUUUACCGUUGUAUGGAAUGCCAUCAGUUCGAUAUCUGUCGCGCGUGCAUGGACCAAGAGGGCCAUCAACAUGGCUCACACAUCACUUUGCGCGUAGAUACAGCGGCGGACGCAAACAAGCUGAAAGACGACGUACAUGGACGGUUGCCACAUCCAGAGGACUAUGAAGUCACCCUUGGUUUACGAGUGUACACUAAGAAAGAAGCACCGACCAUCAUCGGAGGGCAACUGCGCCAGGGCAAAAUUCUUCGCUCUCUGCCUCGAGCAAAGCAGCAAACCCAACCAAUGUUUCCACGUCCAUCCACUGCCAGUUCCUCGUGA